UACUAUCGCCUCACCAGCUCUUCCUGCACGCCCCUGGCAACCCUGCUUUGCUUUGGAAAACAAAUUUUUGCAAAAUCGUAAACAAAAACUUUGUGUGGAAAUGAAGCAGGAUUAGGACUGACCCAGUGCAUCCGGUUACGUCAUGACUGUCUGUGUGCUCUGCCUGGCCAGUACCAAUGCUGGCUACGGCCUACAAUCCGAGGAAGGCGUCCGUCUGAACAUUAGGGCGACCAUCCACAAGCACUUUGCGUUCUCCGAGGUUCUUACGGCUGGCGAUGAGGCGGAGGUCUGUCGGGAGUGCUGGGACUGCGUUAGCAGCUUCGAGGAGUUUCACCAGCGCGUUUCCUGCCUGCACCGGCAGCGGAGCAGCGAUUCCAAAAGCGAACCCAUCGAGUUUUGCGGACAGACCGAGGAGGCCAUCAUUAAUCCGCUAUAUUCUGUGGAGUUGGACGCAUUGGCGGAGGCCUUUUUUGCGCCCAGUGACGUCAAGGUGGAGGUGAACGAACUGGAACCCCUGCCCAAGGUGGAACUCUUGGAAGACCCAGUUAAAACGGAAAUCAGAACAGCUCCGAAACGGUUGGGUGUCCCAAACGAGGGCUCACCACACUCGAAGCGGCGCAUUAAAAACGAGCUGCCAGUGGACAGUGACUCGGAUGCACCUCUGGCAGAUUUUUUAAACUCGGAUUCAAAAAGAAGUUCAGUUGGACCCGCAGAGAACAGCGAAGCGAACAAGGGACGCCCGCUACGAAGGAGUGCAAGAAGAGGACGGCCGCCCAAAGCUAAGCCGGAAUCGCCUCCUUCCCCAAAAAAGGAACUGGACUCCGAUGAUGGCGAAGAAAAUGCCAGGGACAACAAUGACAUGGAGUUUGCGGCACCCGAGGCUGUCUUGGGCACGGACGACAGCUCCAGUUCCUCUAGCGAUAGCAGUGGAGAGGAUUCCGACCAAAGCCUGCCGGACAUAGAGCCGGAGGAACGUUACGCCGAGAUUCCCAAGCGGGUUGUGGUAAAACCUAAGAAGUACCGAAAACGGGAAAAGCCAUUGGUUCCACCCGUUCGUCUGAGUCGCGAGGAGAUUGAGCGGAGGAAGCUCCAGCAGGACGAGUACGAUGAGAUUAUCCUGCAGUUCUUCAAAAAGUUUCCGUGCUCUCUGUGCAAUCUGCUGGUGCAGAACUUUGCGGACAUGCGACGCCAUCAACGCGUUUCCCACAACAUCGAAUCUGGCUACAUGGAAUGCUGUGGGAGAAAGUUCCACCUGCGCAAGGCUUUGGCCGAGCACGUCUUGGUCCACAAGAACCCAGAUCACUUUAUGUGCUCUCAGUGCGGGCGGGUGUUCCAGGACUCCCGCGCCCUGGAGGUCCACGAACAGACGCACAUAAACCCGGAGGUCAAGGCGGAGCCGAAGGAGAAGCGGGUCUACCAGUGCGAGAAGUGCCCCAAGAGCUUCACCACCAAGGCGGCCAUAGAGUAUCAUGACGUUUCCAAGCAUGUCCCCAAAUCCGAGUUCAAAUACUCCUGUCCGGAGUGCAACAAGAAGAUUCCUACGGAACGCAAACUGAAAGAGCACUUGCGUUACAUGCACGACCCGGAAGCGGCCAUCAUCUGCGAUAAGUGUGGCAAGACGCUGCGCUCACAAACGAAUCUCAAAAAGCAUCACGAGCUGGAACAUUCCGAGAAACCGCGUCCAAAACCCGAUCCCGUGCAGUGCGAGAUUUGCGGCACCUGGCUGCGCCACUUGUCCGGACUUAAGCAGCACAUGAACACGGUGCACGAGCCGCCGGGAGACGAGCACCGCUGUCACAUCUGCAACAAGACAUCCACCAAUUCCCGAGCCCUGAAGCGCCACAUCUACCACAACCACCUCUGUGAGCGAAAGUUCAAGUGCGGGAUGUGCGAAAAAGCAUUUAAGCGUCCACAGGAUCUGAGGGAGCACACAUCAACCCACACCGGCGAGGUGCUGUACACCUGUCCCAACUGCCCCAUGACGUUCUUUUCCAACGCCAACAUGUACAAGCACCGCCAGCGGCUCCACCGAGCCGAGUGGGAGGCGGAUCGCAAGAAGCCGCUGCCGCCGAACAUCAUGAAGAUUUCGCAGGGCGCCACCACAGCGAUGAAGAAGCGCCAGGCCAGCGGCGCACUGUUCCCACAGUCGGAACAGAAGCAAUAGCAUUUGUCCAUUUACGACAUCCAUAGAUAGUAGAUAAAUCGUCAACCAUUAUUAUUAACUCGCACUUAACACAGAUAAGUUAAGCCAUAAAUAAGUAGACGUGGA